AUGUACCAAGCAUGGGCUCGUUUUAAGCAAAUGUUGAAUGCCUGCCCGCACCACAUGCAAACUAAUGAAGUACUUGAUCACACGUUCUUUGAAGGUUUAGAUUAUAAUGCACGUGUACUUCUUAAUAGUGCAACAGGUGGACAAGCCCUAGCAAAAACCUGUGAGAAGUUGUUCAACUUACUCGAUAGACUCUCCGAAGGGAACCCAGGAUGGCCCUUAAACGGUGCACCGGUAAAUGUUAUACAACAGGCAGCAAAUUGGUGUGGGGUAUGUGGUAGUGGAGCUAAUGAAACCAAACUAUGUGAGGAAAACCCAGAUUCCGUAAACUAUUUGGGUAAUGCACAAAAGGGUGGAGGUCAGCAAAACUAUGGUAACACUUACAACCCUAGUUGGAGGAACCAUCCUAACUUCUCAUGGGGUGGGAACCAAAACCAAAACCAAGCACAAGGGGCUAACCAAUACCGUUCUCAAGGGGUUGGGCAACAAUACCAAAAUCCUAACCAAAGAGCAAAUCCUAAUGCACCAAAAGGGGGGAUGACCAAUGAGGAGCUACUCCAAAAGAUCAUGGCUGAAAUAGGGACAAAAAUAAAUGCUAGGAUAGAUAAGCAGGAUGAGAACAUCAUAAACAUCCAAAUGUCCCAAAUGAGUUUAGAGAAACAAGUUGCCCAAGUUGCUAAUUCUCUGAACAUACGUCCCCAAGGUGGGCUACCCGUUGAUAAUGAACCUAACCCCAAGCAACUAAAUACGGUGAGUACUAGAAGUGGGUUACAAUUAGAGGAACUAGCUCCAAAGAAAAGAGAUAUUGAGGCAGACACUAGAGAAAAUAAAGUGGAAGAGGUAGUAAAGAGCUCCAAUGUUGAGGCACCUAUUCCUCAAAAGAAACUACCACCUCUGUUUCCACAAAGACUCAGAAAGCAUAAUAAUGAUGAAUGCUUCGGUAUCCCAAAGUAUGCUAAAUACGUAAAGGAGGUAGUGGAUAACAAGACGAGGCUCAUAGAGUAUGAAACUGUAGCACUUACUAGGAAGUUAUCUGAAAUACUGGUUGAUGCGGCAUUGAGGAUCCUAAAGCAGAGAAAGAAAGCGAUUGGAUGGCAGAUGGUUGAUAUUCAUGGGAUUAGUCCAGCAUUAUGUAUGCACAAAAUCUACAUGGAAGAUGACCACAAAACAAGUGCAUAA